GCUGAUCCAUUGUGAAGACUGUCCUGUGUCCUACAUAACCCUUUGGCCGUUGGCAGCAGUUUGGACUACAGCUUGUGCCACAAUACCCAGCUGUGGAAAUCUGCUUUUGGAGAUUUUUGCACCCCUGACUCCACAAGGCUUUUAUUUUCCAAGGAGAGGAAGAUAUGACAUGAGUCACCCUGCUGAACUUUUGGAAUCUGUCACCCCAUGUUCUGCUGGGGAGAGAGCUGGACUUUUCAAUGUAUGCAGCUUAACUCUCCAUAGCCAGUAACAUCACCACCCGGGAGGAAAAUGUAUUGUACAAGAAGGAGGCGACUGCAGCUGAGCCGGGUCCUGUUCCUCCUCUCUGGGGUUUUCCUCUGUACCCUCUACCAGCUGACCAUCAGUGCCAGACUGUACGAGCCUUUGUCGAUGCCUCAGAUCGGAGAGGAUUUGGGGGAAGGCUCGUCAGAGGGUGUCUUGGAAGCCACAGAAGAGACUCAGGGGCUGGAGGAGCCUCUCACUGCAACACAUGAAUUAGAGCCCACAGAUCAAACAACACCAGAGAUGCAUGUGGUUCAUCAUACAGAUACAACAACAGAUUUUAAAGCACCCACCCCCACUGAAUCUCCACCAUCACCAACUACAAACCGGACUAUUGUGCAUUGCAUCUAUGUGGCCCCUGAGCCUCCACAGGAGACACCCACACCAGCUCCUGCUCCUCCUCCUCCUGUAACCACCAUCACUCCAGCUUCUCCUGGAGAAGCUCCACAUAUUAAAGGUGAAUACCCCGAGGACUACUUUUCUGUCGAGGAUCGCAGACGAGGCUGGGUGAGCCUCCACAUAUUUGGGAUGAUGUAUAUGUUCAUCUCGCUUGCGAUUGUGUGUGACGAGUUCUUUGUUCCUGCACUGGGCGUAAUCAUAGAUAAGUUGGCCAUCUCUGAUGAUGUGGCAGGAGCCACGUUCAUGGCUGCUGGAGGUUCUGCUCCUGAGCUUUUCACUUCAUUGAUAGGAGUGUUCAUCGCCCACAGCAAUGUGGGAAUUGGCACAAUCGUUGGCUCAGCAGUCUUCAACAUUUUGUUUGUGAUCGGAAUGUGUGCUCUGUUUUCACGGGAGGUUCUUCGUCUGACCUGGUGGCCACUUUUCAGAGAUGUAUCCUUCUACAUACUUGGCCUCAUCUUACUCAUCAUUUUCUUCCUGGAUAAUGUCAUAAUGUGGUGGGAGAGCCUGAUGCUUGUGACCGCUUACACUGUCUAUGUGAUCUUCAUGAAGUUCAAUGUGCAAAUAGAGCGAGCCUUCAAGACCCAACUGCUCAAACACAAGAACAUUGUCAGAAUUAUUGCUGUGGUGGAACCCGAACAGACAAGUGGAGACAAUGAAGAUAAGGCCCCUCCUGCUCCAGAAGACAAGAAUCUGUUAAAGUUGAAGCCAUCUCUUCAGCGAGGGGGAAGUUCAGCUUCUCUACACAACAGCACCAUGAGGAACACCAUCUUCCAGCUUAUGAUUCACACCUUAGACCCUCUCGGCGAGGGGAAAUUUAAGGAUAAGGCUGAGACUCUGAAUAAUGUGGCGAGAAGGACAGCAGAGAGCAAAUCUCCAGACAAAAGUCAAGGAGGCGGGGGAAAAACAGAGCCAACCAAAGAGCCAGAGGCUGCCCCAGCAACAGAAGCCGAGAAGAAGGAUCCGCCAGAGGACAAGAAGGAGGAUGUGCCUGCAGGAGAGGAUGGCUCAGGAGGGUCAGAGGACUCUGAUGGUGAUGAAGAUGACAGCGAUGAAGACAGUGAUGAGUCAAGUGAAGAGGAUGAUGAAUCUGAGGAGGAGGAAGAAGAAAAGGAGGCUGAAGAUGAACCUCUGUCUUUAGAGUGGCCCGACACGCAACGUAAACAGGCCACCUACCUCUUCCUGCUGCCCAUAAUCCUCCCUCUGUGGCUCACAGUUCCAGAUGUCCGCAACCAGAAAUCCAGAAAAUUCUUUGUGGUCACCUUCCUGGGAUCCAUAAUGUGGAUUGCUAUCUUCUCCUACCUCAUGGUGUGGUGGGCUCAUCAGGUGGGUGAGACAAUUGGCAUCUCAGAGGAGAUUAUGGGCCUGACCAUCCUGGCUGCAGGGACGUCCAUCCCCGACCUCAUUACCAGUGUGAUCGUGGCCCGUAAAGGUCUGGGGGACAUGGCUGUGUCCAGCUCUGUGGGCAGUAACAUCUUCGACAUCACUGUGGGUCUUCCAGUCCCGUGGCUCAUGUACUCGGCCAUCCACGGUUUUGCUCCAGUGGCCGUCAGCAGCAAUGGGCUCUUCUGUGCCAUCGUACUGCUCUUCAUCAUGCUCCUCUUUGUCAUCAUCUCCAUCGCGUCCUGUAAGUGGAAGAUGAAUAAGGCGCUGGGUUUCACGAUGUUCCUGCUCUAUUUCAUCUUUCUGGUGCUUAGCGUGAUGCUGGAGGAUCGAAUCAUUACCUGCCCUGUUUCUAUCUGAAUGCACAAACAGAGGCUCUCUCUACAGCAGGCGAUUCUCUUCACCUGUGACCUCGGGCAGAACUGUUAACCCAGAUGGGUCUGGAUAUCUGUAGACACUCUUGCAGAAAGCUACUGUAGUUGCUCUGCAUUGCCGCCAGAGAAGGAAAAAAAAAAAGUCUGGUAUGUCAGCAGCACUACACAUUAUACAACAUUUUCUAGAACAUUAUAAAAUGAUCACUUUUAGCAGUGAUGGCAGCUUUUACAUUCAUUUUUAUGAUUACACCAAGAGAUGCAGAAGUACUGUCUGUCAGAGCGCAGGUCGUGUGUGCAAAACAACAAACACAAACAGGGCUAUCACCAUUUUUUCACUGUUUACAAAAGAUCAUCUACAGAAUGGAAUUAGAUAUCUAGACAUAUGUGCACAUGUUGGUAACUUUAUGAGGUUUCUAAAUGUGAAUAUUGUAUAAUAUGUAAGUAUACACAUGCGCCUAUGACUGUUUUAUAACAUCCAUUAGAGAGAGCCUGAGCUUCUGCAAACUCACUUUGAUGCACAUCAGUUUUUAAAUGAUAAAAGGUCAGGCAUAGGAAAAAGCAAAAAUCAAACUCGACAUCCAUAGAAUAAACGUGUUUAUUCGUAAAUGAAAGCAAACUAUAGAUCCAGCCAGGGAAAAAAUUUGAUUUCUUUUUUUUCAAUAUAAAAAUCAUACAAAUUAGUAUCUGUGUUACAAAUGAUAAAUAAUACUUCAUAAACAUUGUUUUAAUUGACAAAUUCGUGUAAACAACAUGUAGACAUCAAAUGAUGUUUUGGUCAUCAGUGUUUGCUUUUUUUUUGUUUGUUUUGUCACAACUUACAAGGUGAUUAAAAGGUUACUGUACACGCUG